AGGAAUUGCCGCGGAGUCGAUCGCUUGAAAUUUCAUUGCUGUGCAAUCUCGUGGAUUGCGUCGUUGAGAUUUUUACUUUCGAAUUUCGAUGUUUUUUGCUCGCCGGGCGUUACUUAUUCACGGAUUGGAAGAUUGAAAAUGGAAAUGAGCUUUAAGAUCUGAACAUUUUGUCUGUUCUGGUGCUUAUAAGGAGCUCUCUUUGUUGGAAUUUCACAUCUAACAUGCUGUGUAAUGCCUGGUGAAUGUAUGAUGCCACAGAUUGAUGAGGAGAGAUUAAAAUUAAGUUACAGUCGGUGAAGUUCAGCAUGGCAGCUAAAAUUGCUUCAGCCCUUGCUGGGUCAUUUGCAAUUGCAUAUGUUUGUGAUCACUUUGUUUCAGACACGAAGAUUUUCGGAGGUACGACUCCGAAAACGAUUGUUGACAAGGAAUGGUGGGAAGAGACCGACAAGAAGUUCCAGGCAUGGCCUCGGACUGCUGGGCCCCCCGUGGUUAUGAAUCCCAUCAGCCGCCAAAAUUUCAUCGUUAAGACAGAUUGAUUAUGGGUGGAUCCAAGUUGCAGCAGAAGCAGCAGCAGUUGUUUGUGAUUAUUAUUGUUAAGAAUAUAAGAAGGCAUUGUUG